AAGAAGGAGGAGCAGGACCGGAAGGUGGACUGUUGUGUUUUAGCUUCUCUGUACAUGCAAACCCGAUUUAUUUCUCUAUUUUGUUAAACAGUGAGCUCACUUUAACUCUGGAGAUCACACUAAAGUGAUAGGGAGGAUGUUGGCUACAGGAGCGACUGUAACCACGGUGGGACUUGCACAGGUGGACCGUGAGAAGAUCUAUCAGUGGAUCAAUGAGCUGUCCAGCCCUGAAACAAGAGAGAACGCCCUGCUUGAGCUCAGCAAGAAGAGGGAGUCUGUGGCGGAUCUGGCCCCGAUGCUGUGGCACUCGUGUGGUACCAUAGCGGCUCUACUUCAGGAGAUUGUGAACAUCUACCCAUCCAUAAACCCUCCGACACUGACAGCACAUCAGUCUAAUCGAGUGUGUAACGCUUUAGCACUGCUGCAGUGUGUGGCGUCCCAUGUAGAGACACGCUCGGCUUUCCUGGCAGCUCACAUCCCUCUGUUUCUGUAUCCCUUCCUGCACACAGUCAGUAAAACUCGACCCUUCGAAUACCUGCGGCUCACAAGUCUCGGAGUUAUCGGAGCGCUGGUGAAAACCGACGAACAGGAGGUGAUAAACUUCCUGUUGACAACUGAAAUCAUACCUCUCUGUCUGCGCAUCAUGGAGUCUGGCAGCGAGCUUUCUAAAACGGUGGCAACGUUUAUACUUCAGAAGAUCCUUCUGGAUGACACGGGUCUAGCGUAUAUCUGCCAGACUUACGAACGCUUCUCACACGUCGCCAUGAUACUGGGGAAGAUGGUUCUUCAGUUGUCUAAGGAGCCCUCCGCUCGCCUGCUGAAACACGUCGUGCGCUGUUAUUUACGUCUUUCUGACAACUCCAGAGCGAGAGAAGCUCUGCGUCAGUGCCUGCCCGAUCAGCUGAAGGACACCACAUUUGCUCAAGUGCUAAAGGACGACUCCACCACCAAACGCUGGCUCGCCCAGCUUGUCAAAAACCUACAGGAAGGGCAGGUCACAGACCCCCGCGGCAUCCCCUUACCCCCUCAGUAACACACGCACACUCCAAUCAUCUCAUAAACUCCAAGACGACAAGGACAAACACCUACACGCCAUCCUCCCCCAGUAAAACACACAUCAGACUGUUUUUGCAUACUAGGGCACUUAAUAUUUUUUUGCCAAGAAGUUUAGAAACGGUGCUCAGCAUUCACGGUUUGUAUUUUGAGGUGCGAAAGAAAAUGACUUUGGACUCUGCGGGACUGAGGAAGAGUCAGUCACACCCAUCAUCAGUUUGUUUGUUUGUUUGUUUGUUUGUUUUUCUUUUUCCUCUACGCCUUUUUGUCGGAAUCAAGAGGAAUUUAAAGUUUUGUGUUUCUUUUUGUCUGUAUUUCAACACAAUGGAAAUGUGUAUGCAAGUUUGAAUGCUGUCAAAUAAAUGGUGUCAUGCCAUCUUUAA